AUGCGUCCAUUAAUGUACAGUGAAAAGUUGGCUGAGCUGACACAAACCGGUUGGAAACGUGUGGGUGAUGGUAUACGGUAUUAUCGAACCCAGUGGAACAACCACACACAAUUCUCAAAUCACGAAAGUGUACAGACAGACUGGCACUCUACCACGCAACUACAACGUGGUUUGGCGCACAGCACACACGCAUCCGGAACGUGGUAUUCAUUAACUUGGACAUUUCAAUUUCCUCACGAUGAUGAUGUGGUCUAUUUCGCUUCCUGUUAUCCGUACACGUACAGUCAACUACAAGACUAUCUGACCGCGGUCAGACUGGACCCGUAUCGCAAUAGGGUCUGUCAACAAACACAGCUUUGCACCACAAUGGCCGGUAAUCCGGUUCCCCUGUUGACAAUCACUGAACCGGAGAGACGGGUCAAAUCAGCCAUGGCAGGCAAAUCCACGGAUGAGCUAGAGCAGGCGGACGAGGAUCCAGUCGCGCGGGAUACCACGGUUCCGGGGCGCAAACAAUGCGUUGUCAUCACGGCUCGCGUACAUCCGGGAGAGACGCAAAGCAGUUGGAUGAUUCAAGGCCUGUUGGAUUUCCUAUUGAGUAAAUAUCCGGAUGCCGAGGUAGGAGAUGUGUAG